AAGUAAUAUAGAUAGCUCUGUGCAGGCAUGCAGCAUGUUCACUGCCCUUUUGAAAGAUGAUGCAGUGUGAGUGAAAGAAGGAAUAAGUGCUGUGAGAAAACUGUGACUUCUCUUAUCCUACAAACUUGGUUCCACAUUUUACCUCUGACCUCUGGUUUGGACAAUGAAUAGUAGAGACAUGUCCACUGCUCAGGUCCUUUUCAAUGCCCACCAUUGGCUUCAAAGUUCAAGUCUUUCAUUUUCUUGCCCCAUACAUGUUUUCGGAUUCUCUGCAUGUCACUUUCUUGCACUUGUCCUGUUAAAGAGUCCACCAUGGCUAUUUAAUAUUUAAAGUCUGGGAUCAUUUUGCAGGUUUUAGUUUAAAGGUAACCAUAGCACACACACACAUACAUUAUUAAUAGCAGAGACGCACUGUAAGUCCUCGGGAAUCUUCUUUCCUUUCUAUGUUAGUUUCACAGGAGUGCUGCCACCACUAGAAUUGGCUCUGAUAUUGCCAUCUUGCAAGUGGACUAGUGCAAUAACAACGGAUCCAGAAUGCCAUAAGCUGUUCAUGUGGGUGGAGGUGACCAUGCUGAAAAGGGAGAUGAAGCCAGAAAGUGACAGACCACGGAAAGUCCGGUUUCGGAUCGCGUCCUCUCACAGUGGGCGAGUUCUGAAGGAAGUGUAUGAAGAUGGGCAACCGUCAGGCUCUCUGGAUUCUGAAUGUGCCAGUAUCUGUGGGAUAGAUGGAUUAAGUGAUUCUGAUGGGCAGCAGAAUGGGCACAUAGAAUCAGAAGGUGAUGAGAAUGAGAAUGACCAGGAUAGCUUGCUUGUGUUAGCAAGGGCUGCCAGUGAGAAGGGUUUUGGUACAAGAAGAGUCAACAUUUUAAGCAAAAAUGGCACAGUCAGAGGCGUCAAAUACAAAGUGAGUGCUGGCCAGGCUCUAUUUAACAAUUUGACCAAAGUAUUACAGCAACCAUCAACUGACCUAGAAUUUGACCGUGUAGUGAUUUAUACCACCUGCCUUCGUGUGGUUCGGACAACCUUUGAAAGAUGUGAACUGGUUAGAAAGAUUUUCCAAAACCAUCGUGUAAAAUUUGAAGAGAAAAACAUAGCCCUGAAUGGUGAAUAUGGAAAAGAGUUAGAUGAACGAUGCCGACGAGUUUCCGAAGCACCUUCCCUCCCUGUUGUGUUCAUUGAUGGCCAUUACCUUGGGGGUGCUGAGAAAAUUUUGUCAAUGAAUGAAUCAGGAGAACUGCAAGACCUCCUAACCAAAAUUGAGAGAGUGCAGCAUCCACAUGAGUGUCCCUCUUGUGGAGGCUUUGGGUUUCUUCCAUGCUCUAUGUGCCAUGGGAGCAAGAUGUCCGUGUUUCGAAAUUGCUUCACAGACUCUUUCAAAGCCCUGAAGUGUACGGCUUGCAAUGAAAACGGUCUUCAGCGUUGUAAGAACUGUGUUGGUUAAUUGGAGCUUCUACCCAGGAAAAGUCUCAUUUUAUUAAUCAAAGGCAAUACUUUGGUUUAUAUUUAUUUUUUAAAUGCUUACAUUUAUGGAUUAACCAAUAAACUUUAUUAUAA